UCUGUUGGUCCACUGUUAGUUACAUUUCAUCAAUGUUAUCCGACGAGAUAAGAACUUCAAAAUGUAACAUAAUUUGUUUUAGAACGGAUAACGACAAAUUCUAGUCAGACAAGGCAAUAAAGACUGAAGAUGGGUUUAAAGAAUUGUCUAAUGAGGUUGAUGGCACGUGAAGGGGCCACGCCACUACCAACUGCAGUACUUUUAGUGCUAUUUUACUUGUUAUUGCUUGAUGGGAUGACUUUGACAACGGUUUUUUCAUUUUUACCUAAAUUGGUUAAGUCUUUUGGGACAUCUGAAGUUGAAACAGGACUAUACGCUGGUAUGAUUGCGUCUUCUAUAUACGUAGGAAGGAUGAUAUUUAGUUUACCUUGGGGCUAUGUUGCAGAUGUUAAAGGAAAAAGGUCAGCUUUGAUUGUGUCAACUACGCUACUAAUGUUCUCAACACUGGUAUUUGGAUUUACCAAUAGUUUCUACUGGGCUAUCAUUACUCGAUUUAUUCAGGGAGCAUCUUCAGCUAUUAUUGUGAUCUCAAAAUCCAUUUUGGCAGAUGUAUGCGACGACACAAACCUCACUCUUGCCAUGUCAAUUGCUUUUACAUCAAGUUCCAUUGGUUUCAUAAUCGGACCAAGUCUUGCAGGUUUCUUGGUGUUCCCAUGUCAGCAAUAUCCAGACUUUUUCCAGGAAGGUUCGUUUUUUGAACGAUUUGGUAUUUUCCUACCAAAUUUAAUUCUGACCAUUGGCUUGGCAAUUUCUAUACUGCUAAUCAUGGUAUAUGUUCCAAACGUAUCGAGAGAAAACAACGAGCGGACACUAUUAUUAAAAGCGUCAGUCCAUAAAUGUCAAUAUGGCAGUUCCACUAAAAUCAAAGAUAAAAAUUUGGAAAAGAACAUCGUGCAGCAAAUAAAUGAAACCGAGGAUGCAAAAGGUUGUUUAGAAAAGCUAAAGACAUUUAAGAUAGUGAAGUUACUCAGGGUAAAAGAGUGCAUCCAAGUUAGUCUACUCUAUGGGAUUUACUCUAUUGCAGCAAUCGGAAGUGAAGAACUGUUCCCAUUAUUUGCAUCUACAGCAAGAGAAUACAAUGGUAUGGUAUACUCUACAUCAAAGAUUGGCUUAACACUCUUAAUUGUUGCUGUUUUAAUACUUCCAACCCAGUUUCUGUUCUUGCCCAAAAUCACUGAACAUUUUGGAUCGAGAAAGGUUUUCAUUGGAAGCAACCUUUUCUCAGCCUUUCUCUUUCCAUGGUUACCAGUUCUGGUUGGGAUAGUUUCAAACAGCACUGGUUUAUGGAUGGCUGUGGUGUUCAUUUUAAUUUUACUAAGAUUAUGUUUGAUUGGUGGUUUUAUCGGAGUCAAUAUUCUUCUCAAUAACACAGUUCCAUCUGACCUAUUAGGAUCUGCAAAUGGCUUUGCAAUGACUUUAUCGUCAUUUGGAAGAUGUGUUGCACCAGCAGUUUUGGGCAGUUUAUAUUCCUGGUCUCUCACAAACAUCAAACGCGUUUCGUCAAGUACUGAUUCAAUUGGAUUCCCGUUUAACCAAUUUUUUACCUUUUACGUCGUAUCAGUCUUAUUUAUACUAAAUAGUGUGUUUGCAUCAACAAUUUCACCAGUAUUGGAUAAUAGAAAAUUUUAAAGCAAGAAAGAACUUUGGAAAUAAUAAUAUAAUUUUAUGAUUGCGGAUAUCGAAGAAAUUACUAUUCUUGUCUCUUAUUAUUCACGAUACAACAUAGGGACUGGGUAACUAACAAUAAAAACAAACUAUUUCUCUGUUAUUAGGUUGGUGUUUUGUAAUACACGCGAAUAUUUUAA